AUGGCUUGGAAGAGCAGCCGGCAGGCAGGUUGGGAGCAUGCGAAGCAAUUCCGGGUUGGGAGAGCAGACGGCGCCGCGGUGGGCACGGCUGCACAGGAGCAGGAAGGCAAGAGGCGCACGCACAUGCAAAUACAGCAACAGCGGUGGGGGCUUGAUGGUGAGUUCAACAAGAUUAGCAAUCUUUCUGACGCAAAGAAGAUUCGGGAUCUUCUCGCUGAAGUCCAUGAAGGGACAACCACUGUCAAAGAUUCUAGAGUUACUCGUCUCAUCAGUCAGUUUGACCGUCUUAUGCUUGAGCCCAAUGAGACCGUUUCUUCACUUUACAAUCGCAUGAGCACCAUCGUGAACGAGCUGAAUACUCUAAAUGAUCACAACACCGACUUGAUGCAAAACAGAAGAAUCGUGUCAUAUGAACUUGACCAAGAAGAGAAGAGAUUGAUCCAUGGUUCAGGAUCCAGUUCGAAGAAGAACAAUGUUGCACUCAAGGCCAAGAAAUCGUCCAAAAAGAUUGUCAGCUCCAGUGAAGAAUCUGAAGAAUCGUCUUCGUCUGAUGAAGAAUCCAAUGACGAGCUUGCUCUUUUUGUGAAGAGAUUCAAUAAGAAGUUUGGAAGUAAGUUUGGAAACAAACUGAAGUAUCAAGGUGAAUCCAACACCUCCAAGUUUCGGAAAUCAGCUCAUCGGAAGAAGUCUGACAUGGCCAAGAGAGCUUGCUUCAACUGUGGCAAGAAAGGCCACUUCAUUGCUGAGUGCCCCGAGAAAGCUGAUGAAGACAAGGAGAAGAAAGGAUUCAAGAAGCACUCUCACAAGAAGAAUCAUGAUCGUCACAAGAAGAAGGAUUGGAAAAAGGACUCUGCUCACAAGAAGAAGGGCAAGUAUUACUCUAGAGCACAUGUUGCUAUUACAUCUGCCAGAGAGAAGAACUCACUGUUUGACUCUGCAGAUUCAUCAGAAGAUGCUUCCAGAGACGAUCGUUCCUCACCAUCAUGCUUCAUGGCAAAAUCCUCUAAGUUCAUCGUUGAGAAGCAAGAAGACCUGCUUAUCGCUGAGAUCAAGAAGAACACUAACAUGGCUAAUGAACUCAAAAGACUCAAGUCUAAGUUUCGGGCCAUGGAAGAGGCUCAUAAGGAUCUGAAGAAAACUCAUGCUGAGAUUAGUCUUAACUAUGUUUCGAUUAAACUCGAGCAUGAAAAUCUGAAGAUUUCUCAUGAGAACCUCAAAACUGAGAAUCUUGAUCUCAAUGCUAAGCUAGUUGACUUACCUCAACACACUUUCACUGUUGUCACUAACCCUUCACCUAGUGAUCUUUCACUGGCUGAAGAAAAUGCUAAGUUGAAGAAGCAGAUUGAGACUGGUAUCCUCAAGUGUCACCAAGGGACUGAAACCUUGAACAAGAUUCUUGGUCUUCAAAUUCCUCGCCGACGCAAGGAUGGUAUCGGUUUUGAGAGGAAGUAUAAUGUUAAUGGUGAUGCUUGGCUUCAUGAGCAAUAUCCCCCUGCAAAGUUUGUCUAG